AUGGUCAAUGAUGAUAUUGACCCCGAAGUUGAAGAUCCAUUUCAGCACGGUCACAGCAUUGACAACUCAGAUGUCCCAACUUUUGAUGGGGUCGACAACCCUCUGGAGCCUGUGCCUUAUGUCAGUGACCACGAUCAACACGGCAAGGCUCCAUAUGAACCAGACUCUCAGCCAGAAGUUUGUGAUCCAGCAGCAGAUCAAUCCAGAGGGCAACUGGAGGUCAUCCAUGAACAAUGGGCUAGACGGAUGAAGACUUGGAUGAACUUCACCACAUGGCACUGCCUUCAGGAUGCUCAAGAUGCCAUGGCUUUCAUUACAGCCCUUCGGAAAGCAUUGCUCAAUGACACUUUUGCCCGUCUGCCUCCAGAAGCACUCAAUCGUCUUCAAAACCCACCACAUGCACUCCCAGACAUCACAGACCCCGAUCUCCUCCUGUCUCUCAAGCUUUUUUUUGCCUGA